GUCCGUCCGUCUAUUCACUCUCCUCAUCCCGAAUCCUAUCCCGCCGAUUCCCCACUGUGCUCAAGCCUUCGUUCUUCUGUUCUUUGAGGGUUCGGCCUGAGAUCCUACUCACUUCUUCCGCCUUAUAUCCACCUCUUUAGCCGUUCGCUGCUGUCUGCUUCCUGCUUGUGAGCUUUGCCACCCGCAGCUGUCUAUCUCGACUUGUUCUUGGACCGUCUUCCGAGAGUUCUCCGUCCAUCGUCAAUACCCCGCCGCCAUGUCGACCUCUGCCCGCCGUCGCCUCAUGCGUGAUUUCAAGCGCAUGCAGACCGACCCUCCCGCUGGAGUGUCUGCAUCUCCCGUGGCAGACAAUGUUAUGACUUGGAAUGCGGUCAUCAUCGGACCCGCCGACACGCCCUUUGAGGACGGUACAUUCCGCCUCGUUAUGCACUUUGAAGAGCAAUACCCCAACAAGCCGCCAGGCGUCAAGUUCAUCAGCCAGAUGUUUCAUCCCAAUGUCUAUGGCACGGGUGAGCUCUGCUUGGACAUCCUGCAGAACCGUUGGAGCCCAACCUAUGACGUGGCAGCGAUUCUUACCAGUAUCCAAAGCUUGCUUAACGACCCGAACACCUCAUCUCCCGCCAACGUGGAAGCGUCGAAUCUUUACAAGGACAACCGCAAGGAGUAUAUCAAGCGGGUGCGCGAGACGGUUGAGAAGAGCUGGGAAGAUUAGAGUUGAGAAUUGGUGACACACCUAUGAUAUACUAGUAUACGCGGGUUUUGGUCUCUUGGUUCAUGAUGAUGUCGAUCCUGCCUUGCUUCAUGUUCCCACUGGGCUAUGUGCCUUAGGCAUGGCCCGAUUUGCACGGCUCUGUGGGAAUGCAAGGGUAGUGAACUAAGGGACUUGCACACCGUUGAUGACGUGCACAGCGUGGGGUUUUGGCGCCUGGUUAUUCGAUCUGUUUGUUUUUUUGUUGUGAUUUCCCAUUGGUAUCUGUGAGUAGCUGCAUCCGUGUUUCACAUCCUUUUGUGCGCUGUUCGCAUCAAAGCAUUCGACUUUGCCUUUUCUUGUGGGUUGCCGCUGUUCAACUGGAUUCCUGCAGAAAUGAAACGACCUUCCUC